CUGGAAGACAGUCAGCCUCUCCCAGUCUAUGACUAACUAAUGACAGGCCCAAUCUCCUGCAGGCUAGUGGUUUAGUCACCUAGAGCCUCUACCAACUCAUCAGUUCCUGUUACAGAUUUCUCACCCUGUGGCUGCUCUCUCUACUCUCUGGCUUCUCAAGCUGACAUUGACUGUGCUUUGCGAAGUUGGCCAUAAAGAAGCAGAGGGCUGAAGAUCUAGUGCAGUGGCAGAGCCCAUGCCUAGCACAAGCGACCCUGGGUUCAACCUCCAGCACAGGAAGAAGAAAAAAGUCUGAAAGCUGAGAGAACCAAGCGUCCUGUCAAAACGCCGGGGUUCUUGUGUUCUAGGUCCAUCUGCAGCCAGAGGGAUCGAUCAUGCAGGCCCUCCUUGUUGUGAUUGCCUGGAUGGUUUCUUCCGUUUCUAGUGCUUCAUAUACAGCAAGUACUUUGCCAGACAUAGCAGAUGAGGAUUUCAUCAAAAAAUGUGUUCAAAUUCACAACCAGUUCCGGUCAAAGGUGAAUCCAACAGCCAAGAAUAUGCUGUACAUGUCUUGGGACCCAGCACUAGCCCGGAUUGCAAAAGCGUGGGCAAAAUCUUGUCGAUUUGCACACAACCCACAGCUGAAAUCACGGCUGCACCCAAACUUCACCGUAGUGGGGGAAAAUAUCUGGACUGGAUCUUUAUUCCUCUUUUCGGCUUCUGCAGCCAUCUCGGACUGGUACAAUGAAAUCGAGUACUAUGACUUCAGCACUAUGAGAUGCACAAAAGUCUGCGGCCAUUACACUCAGGUUGUUUGGGCAGAUAGUUACAAGGUUGGCUGUGCAGUGCAAUUUUGCCCUAGAGUUGCUAACUUUGAAAGCCUUUCUAAUGGAGCACAUUUUAUAUGCAACUAUGGACCAGGAGGAAACUACCCAACGCGGCCGUAUAAGCGAGGAACCACUUGCAGUGAUUGCCCAGAAGAUGACAGGUGUCUCAACAAUCUCUGCAUUAACCCACAGAGAGACGCUGUCUCACGUUACUACUCUGUUGACUAUCCAGAAUGGCCCAUCUAUCUGCGUAACAGAUACACAUCUCUCUUUCUCAUUGUUAAAUCAGUGCUUCUAAUACUGUCUGUUAUAAUUACCAUUUUGGUAAAGCACAAAUACCCUAACUUAGUUCUUGUGGACUAAUGCCAGCGGUGGGGGACUACUUAUUCCUCAGUGGCUAUUUUAAAAUGUUUCUGUAGAGUCUUAGAACUGCUGAGUUUCCCAAGUCUAUGAAGAGUAAACUCUCCUCUCUACUUGAUGAAUAAGGACUGUCGAGGUUGCCACAGCUAGGCUUUCAGCAACAACCAGACUGAUAAUUAUAAAUCCAACUGCCCUCACAGCUCCCAGGUUAAAAAUACUUGCUGCUUUUGGGGAGGACCUGUGUUGGAGUCCCAGGGGAGCCGAUGCCCGCUUUUGGCCUCAGUGGGCACACUGCAUAUAUGCAGGUUAGAUGCCCACAUCCACUUUUCUGGUACCAUUUCCUCAGAGUUAGGAUAAUAGGGACUGAGAGAUUUGGAGUCUUGGUUUUUCUGUUUGUGGGUGGUUUUGUCCUGGAAUAAAAUAAAGCCAAAACAGUUGCCAUUA